CCGGGUUGUGUCCGAGCAGGAGGCCGCCGGCCGGACACUCGGUUCUGCUCCGCUCGCCCAUGGACGUCGCGCUCCUGCUCGCCCUCGGGCUGCUGGCCCAGAGCCUGGGCCCGUCACUAGGGGUCCCUGGGCGGAGGAGGCUCAGUACCCUCUACCCCUGGCACCGGGCAGUGGUGUCCGGCCGUGUGCGGAGAGCCUGGGUCAUCCCCCCCAUCAGCGUAUCCGAGAACCACAAGCGCCUCCCGUAUCCCCUGGUGCAGAUCAAAUCGGACAAGCAGCCGCUGGGCAGUGUCAUCUACAGCAUCCAGGGGCCCGGCGUGGAUGAGGAGCCCCAGGGCGUGUUCUCCAUUGACAAGUUCACCGGGAAGGUGUUCCUGAACGCCAUGCUGGAUCGGGAGAAGACAGACCGCUUCAGGUUAAGGGCCUUUGCUCUGGACCUCGGAGGAGCCACCCUAGAGGAGCCCACGGACCUGGAGAUCGUGGUUGUGGAUCAGAAUGACAACCGGCCUGUCUUCCGGCAGGAGGCGUUCAUGGGCCGGGUGCUGGAAGGUGCCGUGCCAGGCACCUACGUGACCAGAGCUGAAGCCACAGAUGCUGAUGACCCGGAAACAGACAACGCAGCGCUGCGGUACUCCAUCUUGGAGCAGGGCAGUCCCCAGCUGUUUAGCAUCGAUGAGCACACAGGGGACAUACGCACCGUGCAAGUGGGCCUGGACCGGGAGGUGGUCGCCGUGUAUAAUCUGACCCUGCAGGUAGCGGACAUGUCUGGAGACGGCCUCACUGCCACGGCCUCGGCCAUCAUCACUCUGGAGGAUGUCAAUGAUAAUGCACCCGGGUUCACCCAGGAUGAGUUCUUCAUGGAGGUCACCGAAGCUGUCAGCGGAGUGGACGUGGGGCGGCUCGAGGUGCAGGACAGGGACCUGCCAGGAUCCCCGAACUGGGCAGCCAGGUUCACCAUCCUGGAGGGCGAUCCCAAUGGACAGUUCACUAUCCGCACGGAUCCUAAGACCAAUGAGGGCGUGCUGUCAGUGGUGAAGCCCCUGGACUACGAGAGUUGUGAGCAGUACGACCUCAGAGUGGCAGUGCAGAACGAGGCCCCCUUACAGGCGGCUGCCCCCAGGGCCGAGCGGGGCCAGGCCAGGGUUAGCGUGCGGGUGCAGGAUGUCAACGAGGCUCCCGUGUUCCAGGAGAACCCAUUGCGGACCAGCCUGCCAGAGGGGGUGCUCCCCGGAACCCCCGUGGCCACCUUCUCUGCCCAAGACCCUGACACAGAGCAGCUGCAGAGGCUCAGCUACUCCAAGGACUACGACCCAGAGGACUGGCUGCAAGUGGACAGAGCCACGGGUCGGGUCCAGACCCAGCGAGUGCUCAGCCCAGCAUCACCUUUCCUCAAGGACGGCUGGUACAGGGCCAUUAUCCUGGCUUGCGACGAUGCCUCCCCACCCCGGACGGCCACUGGGACCCUAUCCGUUGAGAUCCUGGAGGUCAAUGACCAUGCCCCUGAGCUGUCCCUCCGAUCUGGUAGCGUGUGCAGCGAGCCAGGUCAGGGCUCUGGCCUUCUCCUGGGGGCCACAGAUGAGGACCUGCCCCCCCACGGGGCCCCCUUCCACUUUCAGCUGAGUCCCCGAGUCCCAGAGCUUACCCAGAACUGGAGCCUCAGCCAGAUUAAUGUGAGCCACGCGCAGCUGCGGCUGCGACACCAGGUCCGGGAGGGUCUGCACCGCCUCAGCCUGUUGCUCCGAGACUCAGGGCAGCCGCCCCAGCAGCGUGAGCAACCCCUGAACGUGACGGUGUGCCACUGUGGCAAGGAUGGUGCCUGUCUGCCAGGGGCCACUGCCCGGCGGGCAGGGGGCGCGGGCGUCAGCCUAGGUGCCCUGGUCAUCGUGCUGGCCAGUGUCAUCCUGCUCCUCCUGCUGGCCCUGCCAGUGGCCCUCGUUGCAAGGUCCCGACAGCAGUCUGGCGACAAGGGAUUUCUGCAUGGGCUGCAGGAUGAUCUGCGGGACAACAUCCUCAACUACGAUGAGCAAGGGGGCGGAGAGGAGGACCAGGAUGCCUAUGACAUCAACCAGCUGCGCCACCCGACAGAGCUGGCAGCCCUGUGCCGGCCACCAGUGCGCCGAGAUGCCCCGUUCAGCCGAGGGCGCCCCCAGGCCCCCCGCGUGCUGCCCAGCAGCCCUGCUAAUAUUGCUGACUUCAUCAAUGAUGGCUUGGAGGUGGCAGACAGUGACCCCAGCGUUCCACCCUAUGACACCGCUCUCAUCUAUGACUAUGAGGGGGACGGUUCUGUGGCAGGAACACUGAGCUCCAUCCUGUCCAGCCUGGGGGAUGAGGAUCAAGACUACAGCUGCCUCUGGGACUGGGGUCCCCGCUUCGCCCGUCUGGCUGACCUGUACGGGCCCCCAUGAGGGCUGGACUGAGGGCCAGGGAAGGGAGGGGCCUUUCUGCUGCAGAUCUGCACCUCCCCUACUUGCUGAGGGCACAGCCCCUGGACACACACACAGGGCAGCCGUCAUUUCUUGGGUGGCAGCCGUGAGGCCCAGCUGACUUGGCAGAGGUGGCCCGAGGGCCCCGUCCAGGCAGCCCGCUUCUGUGGGGGAGGACGGAGUCCAGGCAGGGCCUCACAGCCUGGAGGACAGGAGCAGACGGGAGAACCAGAUGACCCAGCUCUCUGUUGCCUCCCGCUCACACCGACCUCACCUUCCUGUGAAAGGAAUCGGCCCUUCCUCACCAGCAUUAAAAACCUGCUCUUCUC